UGACUCAUCACGCAUUUCUCCAAACCCCCACCUAAUUGAAUUACUUACCCCAACUGCAAAGAACACUGAAAGAAAGCAAAAGUGAAAAAACCCUAGACCCUGCAAGCAAAUUCCAGAAAUGAAGACUCCAAAAUCCACCCUAGAUACGACGCAGCUUCAAAUCCAAGCAACCGUGGCCAUGGCCGAACUCCCGCCGGAGGUAAUCGUCGACAUACUCUCUCGUCUGCCCGUCGCCCGCCUCCUCCGCUUCCGGUCGAUUGCAAAACCAUGGCGGUCGCUCAUCGACAGCUCAUACUUCGUCCAUCUCCACCUCACGCAAUCGGCAGAGUCCAAAUCGCAUCUCAGUUUGAUUCUCAAAAGGGACUCCGACCUCUACUGCAUCAGUUUCGACUCCUUAAACGACGCCGUCGAGCUCAAUCAUCCACUCAUGUGCUACAGCAAUCGAAUUCGCGUUUUGGGAUCCUGCAACGGCCUUCUGUGCCUCUGUAACGUGGCCGAAGACAUCGCUCUCUGGAACCCGUCGACGAAGAAGUACAGAAUCUUGCCGUCUCUGCCAUCGGAUCGAAAGCGCGAUUCGAACAUGUGCUUAUGUGGCGCGAGGGUUUAUGGUCUUGGAUACCACGCUAUCCAGGAUGACUAUAAAUUGGUGAGGAUUUCUCAGUUUAUCGGAUUGGAUCACCUGUCGUUUCAUUCCGAGGUGAGGGUUUAUAGCUUGAGAAACAACGAGUGGAAGCGAGUCGAAGACAUGCCUUAUGUACUCUGUAACACACGAAAAAUGGGGAUUCUUGUGAGCGGUUGUGUGCAUUGGGUGGUGACUCGGAACCUCGAAUUGGAUCAAGCUGCAACCGAAUCGGUCAUUGCAUUUGACGUUGCGAAUGAGACUUUUCGUGAGGUGCCUAUGCCGCAGAACAUGGACAGGAAGUGUCAGAUUGAUGUGGGAUGCUUGGGAGGGUGUCUUUGCAUUGUAGCUAAAUAUGAAGAUAAGGAUGUUGAUGUGUGGACAUUGAAGGAGUAUGGGGUUCAAGAGUCUUGGAGUAAAUUGUUUACCGUUGCGCAAACUCGAAGAAUCAAGAGCGUUAGGCCUUUGGUGUAUUCAAAGAAUGACCGCGAAGUGUUGUUCGAACAAGACCACGAAAGUCUUGUUUGGUUUGACCUGAAAAGCCAGAAGGUCAAGCGUGUUAAGGUUCGCGGCUUGCCAGCUAUGUUUGAGGCUGUAGUUUGUAUGGAAAGCCUUGUUCCGGUUCAUCCUCGUAGACGAGAGGAUGAGAAGCAGCAGGAAGCAGCAGGGGACAAGCAGAAUAAGAAGAGGGAUGAUUUCCUGGCUCAAGGCUUCAAAUUGGUGCUGUAGGCAAUCAGAACAAAAGACGAGAACAUAGAACAGAGAGCUCACAAGUCAUUUCUUACUGGGUUCCUCAAUGAAGGAUCGUGAGUGUUCUUUAGCGGAUGGCCCAUACGGUCACUAUGCCGCAUUGUUUGACAGCAAUGCUAAUCUCUAGAUUAUGAGGGAAAGCACUUCUCAUAUACUCUGAAAUUAUUCACAGGCUCGAUUUCACAUUUCGUCCCAUCUUCAAAAUAGUUUGCUGGAGGAAACGGCAACAGUCUAGAUUUAGGGUGGGACUAUCAUUUGAGGUGGGCUUUGCUAUUCUCCAUAGAAUUAUAAGUGAAAUUCUUGGGAAGUCAUCCGUAGGGGCGCUCUCACAAUCAAGCGGGGGACCUCUGCAGUUGGGGUGGGACUAACAUUUGGAGCUGGAUCCGCUUGAUUGUUAGACAUACCCUGCGGAUGAUGUAAUCAAGCCGUUAGGCACACUCAUUACGAUGUUCUACAGUAUUAGAUGAUAUUCAUGAUAUUGUUUCUUCAUACUUUGUAUACUAGCUCGACCAGAUCUGUUUCUUGUGAGGGGCUGGAUAAAAAGCUUUUAUGUUGAAAAUGCUUGUUACCGAAAUGGAUUCAACUGAUCAACGGCUCACAGUUCACCCAAGUGCGCCACCAAUGUUUCAUUCUGGAACUUAUCUGCAGGUGAAGAAGAUUUUGUGCACAACCUCACACUUUUGAGCGGCCAAUCCGAGUUCCGUUUGUAGGGGGGCUAUGACCUUCACAUUUGAAUAACGGUGGAGUUUUUUAUUGGAAUGCUGCCGUCACCGGGACGUCAUUCAUUCCAACCCUUGAGAUCUCAUGAAAUGGUAUUCUUGCAGCAACAUGUGGUCUAUGUUUUGCGGAGUAUUUUGUUAAGUGACUUUGAUUGGCCUUCUUCGGAUGGUAUGUAAGAAACGAAAAUUAUAUUAUGUUCAAGGGUAGGUAUCCUAUAUUACAGAGUUUUUAACUGUUGGAUAUUGAUCGUUGUAUCUUUGACCAACAAUCUAACGGUCCAAAACCGCCGAAUAUAGGUUACCCGAAGCAUACUAAAAAAUCUUUGUAAGAAAAAGCCUAUGUUUAGGGGUGUGCUAUCCACACAUUUUUUUUUACUU